AUGAGUACAAAGAACCACGCAUAUAGCGAGUUGAUUGGUAACUUUGACAAAAUGGAAUGUAUUGAAAUGGAAGAUCAUUCCCUCUCCGACUUGGAAAUGGAUGAAGAUCGACACCUCAUAGAAAGUUUCAAAUACAACCAAGACAUCACUUUUAGACGGGGCCAUCGGAACUGUGCCACUUGCAUAGAUGCCAAAUUGACCAAUUCUGGGCCCAAAUGCGCUACCGGUGGUAAGGAUUGUACUGUUCUAUUAUGGGACCUACACAACUUGAAAAUUGUAAGUAGCCUUAAAGGUACUAGGAAUGAUUACCUUAAAUCUGAUCUGCCUAGCAGCAAUAUAGCUAGUGCCUUGUUGGCUGAAAAUGUGGUAUUUUCUGGUUGUACAGAUGGUAAAAUCGUCAUUUGGGACGUUAGACAAGGAAAAUCGCAUAGCUUCAUAGCACACAAGGGAUAUGUCACUGGCAUUUGCCACUGUGAAACACCAACGCAUGAGUUAAUUGAUAAUAUCGAUUUGUAUGGCGACGUCAAAAAACUAGAUUAUGACAAUUACAUAUACAGUUGCGGCUCUGAUGGCACAAUUCUCCAGUGGGACCUGCGAAAUACUUGUGUCCAUUUGAACGAAUCCAAGGGGCACGUAGGGUGUAUUAAUGACAUGAUUUCGCUAGGUCAAGAUAAAUUAUUAACAACAGGCAGCGAUCGUACCACUAGACUAUGGAACAUUAAUUCAAAUAGCCACCACAUUUACAACGGAGGGGGUGAGUGUUGUGUACCAAUUGGAAGAAAAAAUUUCGCUUCAGGUGAUGAUCAAGGCAACAUUUAUGUGUUUCAGAAGGGCAAAAAGGCACCAAUAAAAAGAUUAUGCAUUGGAAACUGGGUCACUGCUAUCGCUUUCUACAACAACAAACUACUGUUUGGCGCUAGAAUUGGUGAUCAAAACAAUAUAAGUUACUGUACAGUCGAUGAGCAAGACGCAAGCAUGGAAAUAAGUGAGGUAGUAAAGGAUAAUGUAAUUGACGGGGUAGUUAAUGGCAUUAAAACAUUAGGAAAUGUAGCAUUUUCGGUAGUAGGCACAAAUCACAAGUUUGGUAGGUGGUUUAGGGAGAGUGGUAAAAAUGGAAUCUUAGUCACAACGCUAUAA